AUGGUUUACAUCAUCAUAAAAAUCAGCUACGGUGCUACAGACCCACUGCUACGAGACAGGAAUGUGUUUCCAUAUCUUUUCAGCACCGCAUAUAAUGACCAUGUUUACUUUUCUGUUGUUUUAAAAGUAUUGAAACAUUUUUCAUGGAACUGGAUUGGAAUUGUCACUACUGAAGAUGACAGUGGAAAUAGAGAAAGCGGCAUUCUCAGCUCAUUACUUAUGAGUCACGGCAUCUGUAUUGAGUUUACAGCUAAAAUUGAUAUUAAAGACCGUAUACAUGACAUUGGAUAUAAAGGCAUAACAGUUGACAAUAGCAUAAACCGGCAGAUAAUUUUACAAUCUUCAGCCAAUGUCAUUAUUGUCUGUGGAUCAGUAUCUUUGUACAUGCUUCAGACAUUGCAAGUAGCAAAUAAAAAGACUUUAAUCUUUUCCCCUCCCUGGUCCAAUAAUUAUGAAUUGCAGAUACGUUUUAGUAAUGUAUUUAACCGUUCUUUAGGGGUUGCACAUACUCUGAAACCUAAUGAAGACAACAACAGUAGAAGAAGACAUUUUGUUAAUCCAUAUCAUAAAAUUGCAAUGAUAGAGUUUACACAGAGUAUCCAUCCAUCCAAUUACCCAGAUGACAAGUUCCUUGAAGAUACCUGGAUACAACGUUUCCACUGUUUGUCACCAAAUGAAAAUAAAAACUCACUGUUUGGAGAGUUGUAUGAUAUAAAACUGCACAACUGCUCAGGAUAUGAAUCUAUAACCAAAGCUUUAUAUCGCACUGGUUUUCCUAUUGUAUACAAUGCUUUACUGACAAUGUUUCAUGCACUAGAUGAUAUGCUGUUAUCUAAGGGACACCAUCAUUCUAAGUACAAAGUGGAACAAAUUGAUUAUAGAAACAAGUUACACCAAUACCUGAAAAAGAUUCAGUAUGAAGAUGGAGAAGAAAAGAGGUUUUACUUUGAUGAAAAAGGAGAAUUGAGUACAGAGUACAUCAUUUAUAUGUGGUUAAGGAAAGGAUGGAUGUUUCCUGAGUAUAUAACCGCGGGUUACUUCAUACCAUGGGAAUUACCAGAUAAACAAUUUUUCAUUGAUUCAACUUUGAUUAUCUGGAAAACUGCCAUAAACGAGGUACCACGAUCACAAUGUUCUCCAAAUUGUCCUCCUGGUAGCAGAAAAAUUAAGAAUAAUUUAAAACCGGUCUGCUGCUAUGACUGCGUCCUGUGUUCCAAAGGAGAAAUCUCCAAUGUAACUGACAGUGAAAAUUGCAUAAAAUGCCUGAAUAUAGAAUGGCCCAAUGACAGACAAGAUCAAUGUGUUCUGAAAGUGGAAGAAUUUCUGGACUAUUCAGAUGCCCUUGCUGUAGCUCUAUCUUCUCUCUCCAUUCUAUUUUGGAUCACUUCUGUCCUAAUAUUAGGGAUUUUUAUGACAUACCAAGAUACACCAAUUGUGAAAGCAAAUAACAGGAACCUGAGCUUCAUCCUCCUUGUCUCCAUAUCCAUGUGUUUUCUCUGCUCGUUUUUGUUUAUUGGGCGUCCUACUGACAGAACCUGCAUGUUCCGACAAACAGUUUUUGGCAUCAUAUUCUCCAUAGCUGUGUCUUCUGUUUUGGCCAAAACCAUCAUGGUCUGCAUAGCUUUCAAAGCAUCCCAACCUGGAAGCUUCUGGAGGAAGCUGAUUGGAGGCAAACUGUACUAUUAUAUUGUUUUACUGGCAUCAUCUGUACAAAUUAUAAUUAGUAUUUGCUGGUUGUCCAUUUCUCCUCCAUUUGUGGAGCUGGACACAGAAUCUUAUGAAAGAAAGAUCAUCAUCCAGUGCAAUGAAGGUUCUACUAUUGGCUUUUAUGCUGUUCUGUUUUAUUUAGGGCUUCUUGCAGUGAUAAGUUUUGCUGUAGCAUAUUUAGUCAGAUCAUUACCAGAUCAAUUUAAUGAAGCCACGUUUAUCACCUUCAGCAUGCUAGUGUUCUGCAGUGUCUGGAUUGCAAUGAUCCCAGCCUAUCUAAGUACCAAAGGAAAGAAUAUGGUGGCUGUAGAGAUUUUUUCCAUAGUGACCUCAAGUGCUGGACUGUUAGGCUGUAUAUUUUUCCCAAAAUGUUAUAUUAUUUUACUCAAGCCUCAAAUGAAUACAAAAAUAGUAAUCUGUAACCACUGA